AUGUCAACAUUAAUGAGAAACUUGAAGACGACGAUUGUUUUCGGUGAUAUUAAGAAAGUUAAAAAAUUAUUAAAAUCAUUAGCGCCGAUACCACUCAGUAAAAAUCCUUUGAUUUUCGGAGGAUAUAGUUUAUUAAAACUAGCAAUAAAACUGAGAAAUCGUAAAGAGAUUGUUAAAUUGUUAAUCAAGAAAGGUGCUCGAGUGAAUAAAAAAUAUUGUGAUAAAUCAUCUCCUCUUUUACACAUCGCAAUUAGGCAACAACACUUGGACAUCGUCAAGUUGCUAGUCAAGAAAGGAGCUAAUGUUAAUGAACCAGAUCAUCAUAACAUGACGCCAAUGUUUGUAACAAUUGAAUCUUUACAAAUGUUAAGUAGAGAAUCUCCAACAAUAGACAUCAUGAAAUUUCUUAUAAGAAAGGGAGCAGAUAUACAAGCGAAAGAUGAAGAAGGCUGCACAGCGUUGGCUUUAUCCUGCGGUUUACAUCAAUUCAGAAUGACCAGAUUACUUCUGAAACUUAACUGCAACGUCAAUUCCACGACAAUCUUCGAUUCAAAUUCAAUCUCCAUCGCAGUUCUUACUAAUUCAUGGAAAGUAGCGAGCUUAUUAUUGAAGUACAACGCAUGGGCAAAUUCGACGAUAAGUGACAUGACAAUUUCCUACUGCAGUGGUUAUUAUCGAGAUUUACCAGCAAGAAGAUUGAAUUCUCUUGGUGAAAAUCCGACAUUGACUAAAUCGUUCAAGAGAACUCCAUUAAUGCUGGCGAUUGAAGAAAUCUCUUCAGAAAUAGUUCACCUGCUGUUGAAAAAAGGCGCUAGAAUUGAUGACCUCGACGAGGAUGGUACAUCACCAUUAUAUUACCUUAUUUGUAAUCCAAAUAACGUCAAUUCUCGUCUGAAUGUGGAGAUGAUUGAAAGAUAUCGCCAAUCGAAGAAGUAUAUAUUAAUAUACCUGAUCAAUGCUGGAGUUAAUGUCAAUGAAACAUCAGAAUCUGGUGGUACAAAACUGAAAUUCCUGACGAUGGCUCUCACCUAUGGAGAAGAACAUAUAGUUAAGUAUUUAGUAGAAUGUUUUGAUUUGGAUUUCAUGCUGGUUGAUCAUGAAAUACUUGAAAAAGUUAAAUUAAAUACGACCUUGCUAUCAGAAGAACAACUCGAGGAUCAACAAUUUAUGAAUAAAUUAAAAAAAAGUAUUCAUGAGAAUGGAGUAUAA